UCCAGCAUACUAACCUCUUCUUCUAAACUUUCAACCCCACAGAAACCAUGCGACAAGAAAAUAUCACAGAAUUUAUCCUCCUGGGACUUUUCAGUGAUGGGGAUGCAAAGGCUGCCUGCUUUGUAUUAUUCUCACUUUGCUAUUUUGCUAUUCUCUCAGGAAACUUGCUCAUUCUUAUAACUAUAAAAGGCAGCCACCUCCGUGAGCAGCCCAUGUACUUUUUCCUCAGCUACUUGUCCUUCAUGGAUGUCUGCUUCACCUCCACAGUGGCCCCCAGACUGAUCACAGACUUGCUGGUCCAGCGGAAAACCAUCUCCUACAAUGAUUGCAUGGCCCAGAUGUUUUAUGCCCACUUCUUUGGUGCCACUGAGAUUUUCAUUUUGGUGGCUAUGGCCUAUGACCGCUAUGCAGCCAUCUGCAGACCCCUUCACUACAUGGUCAUCAUGAGCAGAAAGGUGUGCUAUGUUCUGGUGAUGGCUUCUAUCAUUGGAGCAUUUGUUCAUUCCUUAAUACAUGUAUUGAUUAUUAUCGAGCUUCCUUUCUGUGGACCCAAUAAGAUAGACCACUUUUUCUGCGAUGUAUUCCCAUUGUUGAAGCUGGCCUGCACUGACACUAAGCUACUGGUGAUUUUAGUCAUCACCACCACAGGAAUAUUGGCCAUUUUGACCUUCAUUGCCUUGGUUAUUUCUUACAUCAUCAUCCUGUCCACCCUGAGGACUCCAUCCUCUGAGGGCCGUCGUAAAGCUCUCUCCACCUGUGGCUCACACAUCACUGUGGUGUUCAUGUUCUUCUUGCCCCUCAUCUUCACCUAUGUCCCUACAGCUGAUUCGGUCAGCGAUGACAAGGUUUUUGCCCUGUUUUACACUAUGAUUGCCCCCAUGUUCAACCCCUUCAUCUAUACACUAAGAAACAAGGACAUGAAGAAUGCCAUGAGGAAAGUAUGGUGCCGAGACAAGCUGUCUGGACAAAAAUGA